AUGAGACUACCUUCGCUCCAGCAUCUCGCUCGAACAUCGAGGCCCUCUCGCACAUCAUCCCGUCUCCGCCCAACUGGCAACCCUCCCAACACCGCACUCAGCCGACCCGCCCUCCGUCCGUACACCUCCGCACCCGCCGAAGACACAGACGGCGAAGAGGACUACGACUUCGGCGCCUUCGGCGUCAUCCUCCCCGAGGAGCCCUACGUCUGGGGCGUGUCGCACAUCACGCCGCGCGCCGUGCCCGCACACAUCGCGCGCCCGCCCUACGCGCGCGGAGAGGGCGUCCGGCUCGUGCUCGAGGACCGGCCGACGCAGCUCGGGGGAGCGGAUGAGCGGCGACUGCGCGAGGCGGCGAGGCUUGCGAGGGACGUGUUGCGGUUUGCGGGGAGCUUGGUCGAGGUCGGGGUGACGACGGACAGCAUCGACGGCCAGCUUCACGACUACGUCCUCUCCCACAGCGCGUACCCGUCGCCCCUGCUCUACCGCGGCUUCCCGAGGUCGUGCUGCACGAGCAUCAACAACGUCGUGACGCACGGCAUCCCCGACCAACGGCCGCUGCAGGACGGGGACAUCGUCAACAUCGACAUCACAGUCUACAAGCACGGCUUCCACGGCGACACCUCCCGCACCUUCCUCGUCGGCGACGUCGACGAAAAGGGCCGUGAACUGGUGAAGAUCACCGAAGAUGCACUCGAGGCCGCGAUUGGCGUGUGCGCCCCUGGCCAGCCGUUGAACCUGAUAGGCAAGACGAUCCAUGAGCUGCUUCGCGGAACGAAGUAUUCCGUCUCGACGCAGUUCACCGGCCACGGAAUUGGCGAAGACUUCCACAAGUCGCCCUGGAUACUACACCAUCUGAACGACAAUCCUGGAGUUAUGCGUCCGGGCCAUUGCUUCACGAUCGAGCCGUGCAUCGUACAGGGUUCAAAUCCAAGAGCCUGGAUAUUCCCUGAUGGCUGGACAGCAUCAACGGAGAAUUGUGCUCGCAGUGCACAGGCGGAGCACAUGGUGUUGAUCACGGAGUCUGGCGCGGACGUAUUGACGCGGUAG